AUGCCCGUGGCUAACGGCGACGAGGGGGCACGAGGAGAACGCAUCCGCAAGGAAGGGGCACAAGGAGGGGGUGUGAGACCACAUCGGCGAGGAGGCUACAUGGCCCCUGUCGGAUCCCCCACCCUCACUGUUGUCGUUGGUCAUGGAGGUGCCGCCUACUCCCAUGCUUGCGCGAAGGCGGCGAGAGCCGCCUCUCGUUGCGGAGGUGCCGCGCAGCGUCGCUUGCGCCUCUGCUCACGCGAGGGCGACGAGGGCUGCUUUGUAGCUGGUCCUUCGGGGUGCGACGGGGGCCCACCUUUGGACUCGUUCAAGAUAUUUUUGGACACUUGGAAGUACAUUUGGUUGGAACACGAUGAUGUGGAGCUUUUGUGGAUAUACAUGAGGCUGGCUCUUGAUCGGUGCCUAUCCGCGGACUGCCCCCUCGAAGUCUUCACCCCGUCGAUGCCUCCUACUGCCAAUCCGGUGGAGGAGGAUAACGCAAGAAGGAUGGGCAAACUGACAGAGGACGUGAAACAGCUGAUCUACAGGAAGAAGGGAAUUGAGGACCAACUUCAACUGAUCGAUCACCUGCGGCAGCUUGGGGCGGCGUAUCACUUUAAGGAGGAUAUUAAGGAUGCUUUAUGGACUAUAUACGAUUCCAUGGAAGAGGUGAGCAUGUUGCUGAAGGAUAAUCUUCAUGCCACGGCUCUUAUGUUCAGGCUUCUCAGAGAACAUGGGUUUGCUGUUUCUGAAGGUGUAUUCAACCGACUUAUAGAUGAGAAGGGCAACUUGAAAGCCAGCCUUCGCCACCAGACUGAAGGAUUGGUGAGCUUGUACGAGGCUUCCCAUCUUGCAAAGGAAGGAGAGCACGUGCUGGAAGAAGCUAUAAACUUCACAACUAAACAGCUCAAGAGCCUCAUGGAGGGAUCACUUGAGCCUCAUCUCAGGGAGCACGUAACCCAUGCCUUGGAGCUUCCAUUGAACUGGAGGAUGCCGAGGUUACAGACCAGGUGGUUCAUAGAAGCAUGCCAAAGGGAAGCUAACAUAAACCCUGUCCUACUUGAAUUGGCUAAGUUGGACUUCAACAGAGUUCAGAGCAUACAGCAGAGGGAACUCAGAGAAGUGUCGAGUUGGUGGAGCAAUCUUGGCCUGGCGCAGAGGCUUCCAUUUUCGAGGGACAGGUUGAUGGAGAGCUAUUUCUGGACGGUUGGCUGGGCUUUCGAGCCACAGUUUGCAAGAUACAGGGAGGCGCAGACAAAGGCAAUCUGCCUGAUAACAAUAAUAGAUGAUGUGUAUGAUGUUUACGGCACCAUGGAUGAGCUCGAACUUUUCACGGAUGCCGUCGAUAGAUGGGAUGUUAAUGCAAUGGACAAAUUGCCAGAGUAUAUGAAGAUAUGUUUUCUAGCCCUCUUCAACACUACAAAUGACACCGCGUACAAUGUUACGAAAGAGAAGGGUCUGGAUAUAAUUCCACACCUAAAAAAAGCAUGGGCAGAUCUAUGCAAGGCAAGCAUGGUGGAAGCAAGGUGGUACCACCAAGGCUACACACCCAAUCUUGAAGAGUACUGGGAGAACGCACUGGUAUCGAUAGCGGGUCCCCUGGCAUUGACUCUUGCUUAUUGCACCAGUGACGAUGUAACUCGAGAGGCCUUGGACGGUUUCCAAAGCUGUCCUGAGAUUGCAAGAUGGUCAUCAAUGAUCUUUCGACUUUGUGAUGAUUGGGGUACUUCCAAGGACGAGCUUCGAAGAGGCGAUGUGCCCAAAUCUAUAGAGUGUCACAUGCAUGAGAACGGUGUUUCGGAGGACGCGGCUCGUGAGCAUAUCAGGCAAUUGAUUAGAGGGAAUUGGAGAGCAAUAAACGGAGAUCGAAGUUUCACUUCGUGUUUUGAGGAAAACCUAAAAAUGAUAGCCAUCAAUAUUCCUCGAAUGGCCCAUUGCAUGUACCAAUAUGGAGAUGGAUAUGGCAAACCCGAUGGAGUGAUCGAGGAUCGCAUCAGGUCUUUGUUGAUUGAACCUAAACUUAUGUAACAAUGUAAUUAAGGAUAAUAUCGUGAAGCUUUAAGGCUCCUCGUGAUU